AUGCCCUUCCUAGAUGAUAAGGAAGCUCUGUGUGUGCUAGACUGCCACGUAGUGAGAGCUGGUGUGCUCGUGUUGUUGCAGGUGGGCGACAUGGAGCGCCCGAGGCGGCUGCCGCGGCCGCUGCUGCUGCUGGUGCUCGCUGCACUGGUGGCCCCACUGCGCGCCGGCCCACUCCAAGGACCCCACGCGGACCCUGAGGUCGACGGCGAGGAGUCGCGCAAGGUGCUCGGCUCCAGUGUGGUGACGUCGGUGUCGGUGAUCAUGGACCUGGGCGACGGCACCAAGGCGUACCUGGCGGACGCGGUCGGGAGGCCGCUGCGGCCGGUGGCCGGGUCGCCGCCGCCGGGCUCGCCGGCGGCCCUGCUGUCCCCCGACCGGUACGAGUUCUACACGUUCGACGAGCAGGGCGACCUGGUGCGGCGACACAUGACGCUGGCGCAGAUCCAGGGCCUGCUGGCCGCGGGCGGGCAGCCGCUGCGCCUGCGCCUCCGGCCGCGCCCGCCGCUGCAACAGCCGGAAGACGGGCAGGCGCAGCCCGCGCUGCUCAGCGCCGAGGAGGACGCCGGCGCCGGCCAGGACAGCGACGACGUGCGGCACGUGGUGGAGAGCGUGCAGAGCGUGCUGCGCGGCGCCCUCGACAAGGUGUCAUCGAGCGGCGCGCAGAAGCCGCCGCCGCCUGCAGCGCCGCAGCCCCCGUCGACAGCUGCGCCCUCGCCAGCCACCGCAACCACUGCUGCAGCACCGGCCAGCCCCAGACCCGGCAGCAGCACGCGUCGCCCUCCACCCAAUAGGCGUCCACCCAGCAGGCCGCAGUACCGUCCCAGCUCGCCCAGACCCGUGGGCCAGACGCGGCGACCGCCGCUGCGGCCCGCUGCCAGCACCAUCAAGCCGGUGGUCUCUACUGCCAACAGUAUCAUCUCUACCGUCAAGCCCACACGCCGGCCUCCUCCCACCAGAUGGACUACUUCUCCCACUACCCACACAGAGGCCACAACUGUGGCAGAUAAGUCCUCAUCGAAACUACCUUACAAAACUACGACAACAGCUGCAGAAAUCGUUACUACAACUGCGUCCAGCCCUCCAAUAGUUGCCAUCACCAAGCCCACCAAAAUCAAAACAACAGUGAAGCCAGCUACAGCCAUUCCUCCAAAAGCACCCAGCACUGCAGCUACCACUACAGAACCUAUUACAGCCAUUCCGAUCACUACCACUAAGCCUACUUUCUUUAGAAAGCCUACUAUUAACACCACUACGACACCUAGGAUCACGACCACCACCACCAUGACUUCUACAACCACAACUCCUACCACUAGGAUUGCCACAACUACAAGUCCAAUCCCCACUACCACAGCCACAAAACCAACGAUCACUACCACCACCACUACCACCAGUACCACUACACCCACCAGCACCACUACCACCAGUACCACAACCCCCACCAGCACCACUACCACCAGUACCACAACCCCCGCUAGCACCACUACAACCAGUACCACAACGCCCCCAACUACAACUAGUACCACAACCCCCACCAGCACCACUACCACCAGUACCACUACACCCACCAGCACCACUACCACCAGUACCACAACCCCCACCAGCACCACUACCACCAGUACCACAACCCCCGCCAGCACCACUACAACCAGUACCACAACGUCCCCAACUACAACUAGUACCACAACCCCCACCAGGACCACUACCACCAGUACCACUACACCCACCAGCACCACUACCACCAGUACUACAACCCCCACCAGCACCAUUACCACCAGCACCACAACCUCCACCACCACCACUACUACCAGUACUACGAACCCCACCAGUACCACUUCUACCAGUACUAUGAUCCCAACUACCACCACCACUACCACAACAGAACGCAUCACUGCCGCUGCAACCACUACCAGCCCAACUGCCACCACAACUACAGAACAACAAACUGUUUCCACACAGUCUGUGGAGGUCGAACAGACGACGAAGAAACUCUCUGUGCCACCAUCGUUUGUAGAAAUAACGCCGCGACCAGUAACGAGACCUCCCUCGUCUACCACAGCUUCAACAUCCACCACCGUGGGGGACACAUUACCAACUCAAGAAUCCUCCACAUCCACGACAACUUGGACACCACUGUCGACGCUAGACUGGCCUAGAGAUGAAGAUAAUGCACCAGGCACUAUCAGUCAGAAUCCGGAGACGACCACAGCCGCCAGUACAGGAACAACAUCCUCACCUAAGCCUCCUGCUUCUCCUGAACCAGCUCCAGAAUCCGUAUCACUGUCAGCGCCUUCCCACGCUACCCACAAGCCGGUGUACGUCCCACAACCAGGAGAAACACCUCUCGAUGUCAGUUUCACAGCUCUUCCUCUCGACGGAAGCACGCAAAAGGGUGCAACUGAGACGGAAGAAGUCUGGAUCAAUACUGAAGAUCCCACAACAAUUCAGACUGAGGAAUCUUCUUCCGUUAGCGAAUUCCGUAACGAGUCCACCAGUGAUUCUUUGAUUCUUAGGCCUGAUAGUGAUACAGGGGUAUCAGAAGAUGCAGUGGAUCUCAGUCCUUCGACAGAGUCAAGUACACAGUUCACUUCGACAUAUCAACCGUCACCUUUCACAACAGACAAAGAAAUGAACGCUUCACAGUUGAAUAUAAUGGCGUCCCCAGCAACCCCAACGUCAUCUGCAGAUAAUUUACCCGGUGGUGAGAUAGCUUCUGAUGCUUCACAAAUUUUAAAUGUUGCAGCUGAAAUUGCAGAGAGCACAAAUUCGACUAGUACUGAAAAAGUUAGUGAGAAGCCAGUUAUAAAUGCGUUGCAAGAUACUAGUGGUACUGGUGAUAGCAGUUUCAAUGUGAGCGCAACAGACACACAGCUGAAUGAUCUUGAGAAAUAUGGAACGCAAAAUUCAUCCAUAGUCAAGUCCUCUGUCCAGGAAUCAGAUUCAGUUCCAGAAAAAUCUACCGUCGGAGCUCAGGGGACAACAGAGACCGAAGCAUCCAUAGCGCCAGAUAAUUUGACACCUUUCGAUACUACAGAAAAAUUAUCCGAAUUUUCCUCCGAUGUUAUCACUGGUUUGUCAACUGAAAAUUUGCACUUGGAAGCAGACCAAGGACAAAAAUCGCCAGAAGGUAUGAAAGAACAGAAACCAUCUAGCGAUGCAAAUGGAUUGGACGGUGGUUCAGAAAAUAGCAGCAACCUUACAGACACAAAGAGACCAGAAGAACAGGAAUCGUCCACAGAAACAUACGUCCUAGGCAUACAGAAUAUAAUUACCGGAGAUACAAAUGGUGGCGGCCCGAUACCGGUGGAGCUGCUCGAUUCACUAAGCAGCGUGUUAUCACAGGUUUCCGAUAGCGAGAAAGUAACGGAAAUCUAUGACGAGAAACCAGGCAGUAUAUCCGACUUUACUGGCAUGGAGCUCAGUGCUGUUGGCGUCAAAGAAACUAGUAAUUCUACCGGGCAUGUAAGCAUUGCCGAUUUGGGAACAAUUGCCCCUGAGGCUUUCUUCAAUCGACAACACAAUCGAUACUACUCGUAG